GUUAAAAUUAAAAUCGUUGAUUUCCUGUGCCUGGCUAUAUACCUCCUGCCGCCGCGGAGAGAGCCAAUCCCAUCAUAUCUCGCCGGCCGUAAUGGAUUACUCUGAAUUGCCGGAGGAGUUGAUAGAGAAGAUAGCGAGGGACCACUUGCAUGCCUAUCCCCAGCUCCUGGCUUUCUCCAAGGUCUGCAGAUCAUGGAGAUCCACCGCCCUCCGGCUCCACAGCCGCCGCCGACCAUGCCUUCCGGGAUUGCUCGUACCCAAACAAAUCGAAUCGCAAAACCCACUCGCGGCGUACUACAACGGAGACUUCAUCCACGAGUUCUACCCCCUCGCCUCCAUCACCUCCCCCGCCACCGCUCUCCCACGCGCCGCUCUCCCUUUCUUCCCUGUUCCGAACAAGGUAUCGGAUGCCUUUGGUCAGCGCAACCACUACCGCCACCUCCACCACAAUGCAGUCGACAAAUUACUAGACGCCGCUUUCCAACCUAAUCAAGAUGAUGACGCCGACGCCGACGCCGAUGAAGACGAACACCUAUCCCCCUUCUGGUUCGACGACGAGUACUCCUUCGACGACACAUCUGCUCGCAGCUUGGGUUCCAAAGACGGCUGGAUCCUCCGCUCCCGACCGGACGAUUACGACGGCCGGCCGUUGGAACUAUACCUGCUAAACCCAUUCACCGGCGCAUCCGUCCCUCUCCCUCCGCUUCCAACCUACUCCGUACGACACAUCUCGAAAGCCAUCAUCUCCUCUUCCCCUGACGACGACGACCAAGACUGCCACGUCUUCAUCUUGCCUCGUUGGGGUAUGGGAGUAGAGUGGUGCAAGGUAGGAGGAGGAGGACAAGCUGGUUGGGGAUUCAUCGAUGGCCGCGACCACGAGAAUUCUGAAGGAGGACAAGCUGGUUGGGGAUUCAUCGUCGAUGGCCACCACGAGAAUAAUUUUGGUUGGGCCUCUUCUUACCCGGUAGAUGCAGUUUACUUUGGCGGCAACCUAUACGUCGUCGGGAACCGCGGCCGUGUCCUCGUCUUUGAUAUAACGUCCGGUAGUGCUCCUCCUUCACUCACGAAAUCAAUCCCGUUCUCUAAAGCCAUGUACAACGACGAGGAGGAGGAGGAGAGGAUGACGUGGAGGUUUUGCCGCGUGUGUGAACUCAACGGCCAGCUCCUCGUCAUCAUCCUAAGCAGAGACCAAGACCAGUCGGGAUCCAUGGUUUCACGGGUCUUCAAGCUACACAGCAACGGCGACGACACUACUAGUUACUAUUGGGAAGAAGAAGUAAAGAGCUUGGAUGGACACGGUGUGUUCAUAGGGCCGCACGAGUCUUUCUCGAUCCCGGCUGCUACUGCCGGCGGCGGCGGGGUGAAAGGCGACCAUAUCUACAUGACGUUAGAUUAUACCCGCCCGGGGCCGUGCUGGUUGAGGGGCCAGAAUUGGGAUGGCGUGUUCGAUCUUGCAAAUCACAAGUUGGAGAGCUUAGCUUUGCGUCGCCGGGACGAUAUACACCGCGAUACGUUACCCUCUUUCUGGUUCCUUCCUGUGACCUGGGAUAUUUCUAAGCUACACGACAAACAUCAUAUGGAGGAGAAGAAGGCAUGGAAACGGGAGCGCCUACUUCCCGGAUCAGAGUGCUGGAAGCUGCCCAAGAGAGCCGUCAGGAACCCGAAACAUCCUGCUCAUCAUAAUAAUAUUACCCGCACCAACAGAUUUCGAGCUUUGCUAUCCGACGACGAGGAGGAUGAUGAUGAUGAGGAAGAUUAGAAGGAGAGAGGGCAAGAGAAAGGAUGGUAAAAAGACAACAAAACGGUAGUAAGAGGGUUUUGAAGAAAGCAGAUAUUUAGUCUUUUGGCGACUAUUUUGUUGCUUUCUGGCAUAAGCUAGCUGCCAGAAAAAAACAGUUUUUGAAGUAAAUUCGAACCUUUUGU